CGCGACCUCAAAAAAUUAUAAUCUGAUUUUCGCGACCAUUUUUCCAAGACUGCCAACUCGAGGUCCUUGGCAAGGAUUGCAUUGACCCGAGUAGUGUCUUUUUUGCUCUCUCUCCAUGAAAGUAGACAGCGGCAGAGGCUCCCCUAGCUUCCUCCUGCCUCUCGAGGCACUGUCAUCCGCCUCGCACAUUAUUAUCGAUUUCACCUGCGUAACACAAAAAUUUCGAUCAAUUUUUCCGUGAAAGACCUACCAGAAAUUGAAAGGGUGCUGUUGGCGCAGUUAAAAGAUGGACGGAUUGCAAUGUGGAGCUUCAGUAGAUGAAGAGACAGAACCUGAGGAACCAAAGGUUGGUGAUUGCUGCGGCGAAGGUUGCAACCCUUGCGUGUAUGACAUUUACCGGGAAAGUCUGAAGAGAUUCAAAGCAAAAAGACCAAAUGUAAUUUCUGCAGACUCCUUAGGCCUGGACAAGAUAGAGUUUAAGCCCUUCCGACUGACAAUCAUUACACCUCAAACUAAAGACACUUCCAUUUACAGAUUCGAGUCUAGCGAAAGUAUAUCCAUAAAAAUUGGCCAACAUUUGGAAUUGUUGGUUCCGUGCCAAAGUGAAAACGGUGUCAAAGAAAUAGUUCGAAAGUAUAGCCCUAUUGCUUGGACAGACACUUCUUUUGAUGUGAUAAUUAAGCGGUAUGCUAAUGGUGAAGCGUCAAAAUAUUUUGACAAAGCUGAGCCUGGGAACGUGAUGAGCUGGAGAGGUCCCUACGGCAAUUUCAGUUACAGCAAAGACGAACAGGAGCAGCUGGUGAUACUUUGCGCAGGCACAGGAAUUGCCCCAGUCAUUCCAAUCAUCAGAACUAUAGUAGAAAAUAGUGAGGACGAAACGACGAUCAAACUGCUGUGCGGCUCUCACACCCUUGAAGACCGCUUGCUAAUGGACACGCUUAACGAGCUUAAAGCUUUUUGGAAUUUUGUUUACACUCAUUAUGUGACAUCCAACGAUGGCGAAGCAGGUUGGGGAGAAAAGGUCGUCAGAGGGCGAAUACAGGAGACUGACAUAUUAAAUGUGAUUUCGGCGUCAAGUAAAAAGAGUAAGGUUCUCAUUUGCGGCUCCGACUCAUUUUGUGAUGACAUGAAGGAAACUGUUAGAAAAACUGGUGCGGACUUUCACUGUUUUUAA